CAUGCAUUCACCUUUCUGAGGAACCUGUCUGGUAUUCCUUCCUCAUUUUUUGGGACCAUUUAUCUACUGGAGCUACCAGAUUGUCUCAAGUUUAUUGAUUUGAAGAAGUUGAGAGACAUUUCCAAAACAGAUGGCCCAGACUACAGAAGAAGCCCCGCUGGCCACUGGCAGCCUGGCGGGCAGUGAAGAAGUCCUUGUUCCCCCUGCAACAACCAGAGGGGGAUCCAAUAGCCGUGCCUUCAAGAUAGCAGGCCUGACAACCCUCGCAUGUCUGCUGCUGGCCAGCCAGGUCUUCACCGCUUACAUGGUGUUCAACCAGAAGCAGCAGAUCCAUUCGCUGCAGAGGAACUCGGAGAAAUUGGGCAAACAGCUCACCCGCUCAUCCCAUGCUGCGGCUCCAAUGAGGAUGCAGAUGCCGAUGAGCAGCCUUCCUCUGAUGAUGGACUUCACUGCAGAUACAGACACCAAGACACCCCUGACUAAAGUGAAGGAGACCGUCGUCAGCGUGGAGACGCAGCUGAAGGACCUCAUGCAGGACUCCCAGCUGCCGCAGUUCAAUGAGACCUUCCUGGCCAACCUGCUGAGCAUGAAGCAACACGUGAAUGAGAGCGAUUGGAAGAGCUUUGAGUCCUGGAUGCGCUAUUGGCUGAUCUUCCAGAUGGCCCAGCAGAAGCCUGCUCCCCCAACAACCUCUGCACCUCUGACCAAAUGCCAGACGGAGGCACAAACUGGAUUCUCCAAGAUCGGCGACUACAAGCCCCAAUGUGACGAGCAGGGUCGCUACAAGCCCAGGCAGUGCUGGCACUCCACAGGCUACUGCUGGUGUGUGGACGAGUUUGGCACACUCAUCGAGGGCACCCGCAUUCGUGGCCGCCCCGACUGUCAGAGAGCUCCAGUCUAUCCUCGUCGCGUGAUGAUGGCACCGAGGCUGAUGCAGAAGACUCUCAGCCUUGAUGAUGAGGGAAACAAAUGAAGCAAAGUGUUGGGUGUUUCUUUUCAUCAAGCUUCAACAUGAGAAACUGAGUGUUUUAAGAUCGCCGCAAACAGCUCUGUAAUUGUUUUUAUUCCUGAUCAGUCCCUGCACUUCCAUAUAACCUUCUGAUUUUUUAUCAUUUAGCUGGCUACUUGAAUUAAACCAAUAGAGGCCUGUUAUAGCCAUAUAACA